UUUUAGUCAUUUCAGAAUCGUCUCGUCUGCUAUGAAAUAAAUAACAAAUACCUAUUUUAAUUAAAUAGAGGAAUAAACUAAAGAUAUAAUUAAAAAUUAACAUGUCUGAUAAUGACGAUGACUAUAUGUGCGAGGAGGAGGAGGACUAUGGUUUGGAAUACUCAGAAGACAGUAACUCUGAGCCAGAUGUGGACCUGGAGAACCAGUACUACAACAGCAAGGCGCUGAAGGAGGACGAGCCUCAGGCCGCCCUGGUCAGCUUCCAGAAGGUCUUGGAGCUGGAAGGUGGUGACAAGGGCGAGUGGGGCUUCAAGGCGCUCAAGCAGAUGAUCAAGAUUAACUUUAAAUUAGGAAACUUCACAGAAAUGAUGGUGCGGUAUAAACAGCUGCUCACAUACAUCAAGAGUGCAGUCACGCGGAAUCACUCUGAAAAAUCAAUCAACUCUAUAUUAGACUAUAUCUCCACAUCGAGAAAUAUGGAGCUCUUACAAGAUUUCUACGAGACCACAUUGGAAGCGUUGAAGGACGCGAAGAACGACAGGUUGUGGUUCAAGACCAACACGAAGCUGGGCAAGCUGUACUACGACCGGGGGGACUUCAACAAGCUGGCCAAGAUCCUCAAGCAGCUGCAUCAGAGCUGCCAGACAGACGACGGCGAGGAUGACCUGAAGAAGGGCACGCAGCUGCUCGAGAUAUACGCGCUGGAGAUACAGAUGUACACCGCGCAGAAGAACAACAAGAAACUGAAGGCGCUGUACGAGCAGUCGCUGCACAUCAAGUCUGCCAUACCGCACCCGCUGAUCAUGGGCGUCAUCAGAGAGUGCGGCGGUAAGAUGCACUUGCGUGAGGGCGAGUUCGAGAAGGCGCACACGGACUUCUUCGAGGCGUUCAAGAACUACGACGAGUCCGGGAGCCCCAGGAGGACCACCUGUCUGAAGUAUCUAGUUCUAGCUAACAUGUUAAUGAAAUCCGGCAUCAACCCGUUCGACUCGCAAGAGGCGAAGCCCUACAAGAACGACCCGGAGAUCCUGGCCAUGACCAACCUGGUGUCGGCCUACCAGAACAACGACAUCAACGAGUUCGAAUCUAUACUCAAACACAAUAGGAACAACAUAAUGGACGACCCGUUCAUCCGGGAGCACAUCGAGGACCUCCUCAGGAACAUCAGGACGCAAGUGCUGAUCAAGCUGAUCGGGCCCUACACCAGGAUACACAUCCCGUUCAUAUCCAAGGAGCUUAACAUUGAUGAGAAGGAGGUCGAGAAUCUACUAGUCACAUGCAUUUUGGACAACACGAUCAGCGGGCGCAUCGACCAGGUGAACUCUGUGCUGGAGCUGUCGGCGGGCUGCGGCGGCGCGGCGCGCGACUCCGCGCUGGACAAGUGGACCGCGCAGCUCGCCGCGCUGCACCACAGCCUCGCCGCCAAGAUGGCCUAGGGCACGGCACCACAUUGACGCUGCGGGGGACGCUCGGCGACGAAACGUUAGCUAUACUACGUGCAAGGCUGAUAACAUUCACCCUACUACAACAUUUACGGCUGAUUUACGACCAUUCAUCAUUUUAUUUGCUACCCUAAAAAGAUUUUUAACGAUGCUUAAUUUAUUAACCUGGUAAAAUAACAAAACAGCCACGCCAACAAGUUGACGUAGGUCUAGAUGUUUCUCACGUUAGGCUGAAAUGUUUGUAAGCUCACCUUCACUCUAGACACUACAAAAUUAAAGAGAAAAAUCGCAAAUUUCAAAUAUUUCUGGAUUCUGAAUUUUUUUUACACGUGAUACUAGAUAAUACUAUGUACUUUUAUGAUACACUUUCAUUUAAGGCUUAAAAAUAAAUUCUACCUUUUAUUUUUAGUAAAAAACCGAUGAAGCAUCAACUAAAAUUAUUAAUGGCAUCGAAAAGAUAAAUACUUGUCUACAAUAAACAGCCCUAACAUUGCAUCGCGAAAAUAUUAACAUGUCACUCAUGAGCUAACCAGAGAUACGCUAUGCGUUUAAAUAUACAGAUAUUAAGAAACUUCAGGUGUGACAUGAAGACACCAAAACUCUAUUCGUGACUUUGGCAAAUUAUUUGUCUCCAUAUGUAAAAACUCUUGAUGUAAUUAAAGUCGUUUCUGUGAACAAUAACUAAAUGCUUAAUCAAAUGGCGCAAAGUUGAACAAUGUAUAUUUUGUCAAUUUGAGAAAAUAAAUAAAACUGCUCAUUGAUGGUUAUCAUUGAGCGGUUUUAUUUUAGUUAAAAAAAAUUGUCUAUAAUGUAUUGAAAAUGAUAAAUACCAACAAUUAAGUGACUAUUACAAGAUCUAAAGUAAAUUUUGAUAAGCAUCUGAUAAGAGAUGUUUUCCUGAGUCCACUGCAUGUUUCAAACCAUUAAUUAAGAGACUAUUUGAAUGUAAAUCUUCAUAAAGUUAUUGCGAAAAUUACUUUAUGAAGAUUUUUUACAUUCAUGAUUAGGCCUAUAAAGUCCUACUCCUCUCUUUGCUUUCGUGAAUGAAAAAUACAAUGUUAAUUAAUUUAAAUGUCUAAGGCGUGACCUUUGCUUACCAGUGGGACACACAACUGACUAAUAACAAAUAGUUGUACGACAAACAGGUGUAAUGUGAAAAUAAGUAAAAAUUUAAAAUCUGUUUCGUUUAAAAUGCCAAUUUCGCAAAAUGUCAUCUUUUAAAUGAGUGAAAUAAGUAGUUUUUCACUAUGGAAAAACCUCUUAACAUUCACGAAAUCUUAACCAUUUAUAACAAUAUAAAAAUAAAAUAAUUUAUAGCAUUUCGCGAUUAUUUACUCCAAGAUGGCAUUUUGCUACUAUAUGCAAUUUAGUACGCCGUUUUUCGUAUCGUAGUGCGGUAAAUGCGAUACUGUGUUGUAACCGCCCAGUUAAAUAAGUGUAAGCGAUUGUCAUGUCGUUAAAUUAAUCACUUUUGUAAAAUAUUUUUAGAACAGCAAUAUUGUAAAAAAUAAUAUAACUCCAAUAUGUUUGAACAUUAAAUACAGGAAAUACAAUACUAUGAAUUUAU